CAAUUACGCGUGGAGCAGCCGGCCAAUCGCGCGUCUAACUCCUAAGCCGCAAUUAUAGGUUUGUUCGCGUUGCUUGCAAAAAUGUUUUGCACUUUAAACGAGAUAAAUAUAUACUCGAGCACUGGAGAAAGAGAAAGCGAAGAUGUCGAGUGCGAAAAGUGCAAGUAACGCGAACAGGCCAUAUGUUCACGUUCUCGUGUUAGACGCGCGCGAUUGGCCAAUUCGUGGGGCACAUGUGAUGUGGCUAGAUGUGGCUGUGGCUGUACGCGAGUGAGCCCGUCCGUCCGGUCCGUCCGCACUCGGCGAUUCUGCUUAUUAUGUUCGCUAUUUGCGCGCGAGCAACACCGCUCCAAUAGAAUACGCGGCUGUGCUGAGCAAACAGUGACAUGCUCAAUCAUGCUCGAUAAAAACCGCUACGAUUAACCUACUGAUCACUUUCUGCAUGUGUCAUCGACGCCUUGAGGGGCGACGAUUACGAAACCGUACUCGACGACAAACAAGUAACGGAAACAACUUUUUUUUUGCGGAGCAAUUCAGUUGUGUGCCUGCGACGCCAGAUAUAUAAAAUAAAAAUUUACCGUUUCAGAGAUUUAUUUCUGUGAGGUUGCUCGUUCGGCCGAGACGUUGAUCAACGAUUUCUCUCCUUGCAGCCCUCUUGACGAAACGUACGCGAGGUUCAUAGGUCCUUCUUCGCAUUUUGAUCGCUGACAUGGAUGCCAAAGAGAAAAAGAUUCCGCCCGAAAGUGCAAUGAACGGAUACAAAAAGGAAGAUGUUAAGGACGUACAGAUACCAAUGCCAUGGGGCCACAUUCGAGGCAAAUGGUGGGGGCCUAGUGAGGUCCAACCUAUACUGGCACUACAUGGUCGCCAGGAUAAUGCAGGCAGCUUUGACACACUAAUACCAUUGUUGUCCAAUGAUGUUUCCAUUCUUUGCUUGGAUAUGCCGGGGCACGGUUUAUCUUCUCACUAUCCGAAAAGUCAAUUCUAUUAUGUCUAUUGGGAUGGUGUCAUAUUCCUUCGUAGAAUUGUUAAACAUUUCAAAUGGAAUAAGGUCAAACUUCUUGGACAUUCCUUGGGUGGUGCUAUAUCAUUUCUGUAUGCAGCAUCAUAUCCAGAUGAAGUCGACGUUCUUAUAAGUUUGGAUAUUGUUAGCCCGAGCGUGAGAGAUGUCAAGAAAACAGCUGCAAUUACUGGAGAGUAUAUCGACAAAUUUUUGAAGUAUGAAUUGUUAACAUUGGACAAUAUCCCAUGUUAUGAAUACGACGAAAUGCUCGAGAUAGUAGAGAAAGCAUACGAUGGUUCUAUAACAAAGGAAGGAGCAGAAAUAUUAAUGAAACGUGGUAUACAACCGGCAUAUGUAAAGAACAAAUAUUAUUUUUCUCGUGAUCCAAGAUUAAAGGUUUCCCUUUUAGGCAUGAUAUCUCUAGAUAUAAUACUUGAAUAUGCAUCUCAGAUCAAAUGCGCUUACCUCAACAUUCGUGCUAUUCCUGGAAUGAAAUUUGAACAGCCAGAAAAUUAUCAGAAAGUGUUAGACGUCAUAAAAGUAGGAGCUAAAAAAUUCGAGUAUCACGAAGUGAAAGGCACACAUCACGUACAUUUGAAUGAGCCUGAAAAAAUUGCGCCUAUAAUCCAGAAUUUCUUAGAGAAUUGAUAGUAAUAUUGUUUAGAGUUAUUAAUGAAUGCAGUUAUUUAAAAUUAAGAAUCCAGCUACUUAAGAUUGAGUUGAUUUUAUGAAAAGUGGAUAUAUGAAAAUCUAACUAAAAUGUACAAAUUAACGGGAGAUUGUAUUUAUAUUUAACACAUGUAUGUUUAUGCUUGAACAUAUGCAAUUUUAUUAAAAUUUUGCACAAAUAGCGCUUUAUAAUUGGAAAAUAAUUUUAUUAAAAGUAUAUUACACUAAAAAGUGUCAAGUUUUAAAAAGCAAGUUUUAAAAAAAUUGAAUCAAUAAACUUAUUUUAUUUGUUUAUACAUGAAAAUAGGGUGCUGUUAGCACAAUUAGUGCUGUGAUAAACGAAUAUCAAGAAAUACGUAUAAAUUAAAAACAUAAUUAUUGUAUAUGUUAUAAAUUACAAUUUUUGUCAUUGUCUAAUAUUGCUUUUACAUGAUAGUUAAUAAAUUAUUUAAUAUUAA